AUGUUUAAGGAACCACCCUCAUUAUUAUCCGAGAAAUUUGAUUCUCCUUCGGAAUACCCUUUCGAUGCUUAUGUUGUCCUUGAUUUUGAGGCCACAUGUGACAAAAAGAGGUACACAAAGAACCAGGAAGUCAUCGAGUUCCCACUUGUGGUGGUAAACCCUGUACAAAAAUGUAUCGAGUCCGAGUUUCAGCGCUACGUCAAGCCGAGGUUCAGCCCCAAGCUGUCUAAAUUCUGCAUUGAACUCACCGGAAUAACACAAGAGAAGGUGGAUCGCAGUGCGCCCUUCGCAAAGGUGUACACGGAGGCCAUGCAAUUCCUCAGCAGCUGUGGCUUUGGGGAUGCGCCGCCAAGCCGCAGUUAUUGUCUGGUCACGUGCGGAGACUGGGACCUCAAGACGAUGCUGCCUGCACAGUUAAAAUUAACGGGCGGUCUUGACCCCCCGAAAAGCUGGAGGCGGUGGUGCAACAUCAAAGAGUUCAUGAAGAAGAUGCAGCCGCCGUUAUUGAAGCCAAAGCCACGGCAACCGUGCGAUUUGUUGGAGAUGCUCACGGCCGUCGGGCUCUCCCUCCAAGGCCGUCAUCACAGCGGCAUUGACGACUGCCGAAACAUCGCCGCAGUGCUGUGUGAGCUCCUCAAACGAGGAUGUAUAUUAAAGCCGACCUAUGAAGUGGAUCCCAAUUCGGUGCCCUGGCGCUCCAUUAAUUUAUCGUCCUUGGAUCCCUCAGGGGCGUCCCCGUCGUUGAGCCAACAAUUGUCAAGCUUAAUCGCAAUAACCGAACCACAUUCCUCAAAGUCCACCUCCGGGCAAGAAGUGCAAUCGUCCGAUAAAGGUGUCGAGCCAACAAAGCCCUCACAGAAACGGCGAAAAAGGUCUAAAAAACAUAAUCACGAUAUGGCUGGGAACAACACAUCAUCGUCGCCACGGAGGCCUCAUGGCCGCAAGAAGAGUUGUAUUCGGGCCCCUGUGGUAUUGCUUGACGACUCCCGCGAUGCGAUAGCUGAGAUUCUUCACGAAGUCGACAAAGCUGAGAACCUGCCAACCUCCAGCUCUCUACCUCCAGAACGGCUGAAGAAUAUCAGCCGACUGCUGUCGUACAUCCUUCGCCAUGGCGCCGACGAGGUUGGGGUGCCAAUUACACUGAACGGCUAUGUCCCGCUGGAGGCCCUGCUCGUCUUGCCGAAAAUACGACAAGAAAAGAUCACCCAGGAGGAAGUCGCGUAUGUCGUCAAGGUCAAUGAGAAAAAACGGUUUAAUCUCGCCUAUGGUGCCGAAGAUAAGGUUCUUUACAUCUGCGCGACGCAGGGUCAUAGCCUGAAGGAGGUGACGCCCGAUUUAUUGGUUAUUAAAUCCCCGGAGGAGGUGCCGUUGGCGGUCCACGGAACAAAUUGGGAGGCAUUGAAAAAAAUUUGCAAUUGUGGCUACCUUUCCCCUAUGUCAAGGCAGUACAUCCAUUUCGCAAAGGGGCUACCACAACAGUCUGGAGUGAUUAGUGGCAUGCGCAGCAAAGCUACGAUCCUCCUCUAUUUGGAUGUCGAAAGUGCCAUUUCGGACGGCAUUCCAUUAUUUGAAAGCACUAAUAAGGUGAUUCUAACGUCAGGGGUUCCAGACACACGUCAAUUACCAAUUAAGUAUAUUAAAAAAAUCGUCAACCGUGAAACAGGUGAAGAUAUAAAUUUGAACACAUUAUAG